CCCACCCCUCCCCUUCCACCGGCAGCCCUUACACUUUAAAAUUUGGAAAUAGCCCUUUUACAUCUCAUAACUGAGAUUCUAACCGCUCGAUAUUAUCCUUUCACGAUGUGUUGAAAUAAAAGCAACUCCUGGGCGGGAAAUUGUACCCUUCCAAGUUCUCGUGCACCCAAAAGCAAAAACCGAUCGAUUUCAAAACCGCUAAAAUAAAAUUUGAAUUUAAAACAAAAACAAAAACAAAAAAUCUGUCCUUUUUUUGAAUCAAAACCAACAGUACACCAUCAUUUUCUCAUUAGUGAAACAAAUUACUCUAUUUUCGAAAAUUCAGAAAAAGAUAAACAGUUUGAAAGAGCUAUGCCGUCUUCCCAUCCGCCAUAUUUUCAUAUGAUAAGCGAAGCAAUCAUCACGAUGAAGGACCGAACUGGGUCAAGCCAGCCGGCAAUUGCGAAAUUCGUGGAGGACAAUUACUCGAAAUCGCUCCCUACAAACUUUCGGAAAAUCCUGUCCGUCCAAUUGAAGAGGCUCGUCAGAUCUGAGAAGAUCUCGAAGGUCAAGGGCUCGUACAAGAUUCCGGCCGCGGCGAAAACCUCAAUUCCUCCAAAGAAAACCGGCACGGCUGCCGGAAAAAAACCGGCGAUCCGAAAAUCGGCCGUUGAGAAGACGACGAAGAAGAAUAAGACGAAGAGGCUGAGCGAGGUCAAAACGCCCGAGGCCGUGAAGAAGAAGAAAACCGUGACAGCGGUGAAGAAAAAGAAUGUGGGCCCCACUGAAAGGGCCGGCUGGACUCCGACGGCGAAGAAAGGUAGGAAGAAUAAGUGAAGACGGAAGGAUUAAUUAAUUAAUUAAUUAAUUAGGAUUUGUUUGUGUUUUUAGGGAGUUUAUUGCAUUUUUCUGAUUUGUUUGUUGUGUUGUGUUUGGCUUUGUUUGAAUUGUUAUGUUGUUUUAAUGGAUGUGUUUUGAACAUGUGAAUGUGAUUGCAGCUUUUGUAUUCGAUUGUGUUAAACUAUU